AUGGGCCCUUUCCAGGUGUUGAGAAACAUAGCUUCUAGGCUUAGAGUUGCUGUAGAUUCUAAAAAUUCUCACACAUUUCAUUAUUUGGCAAAGAGUGCCAAUGUCUUAAGCAAUGCGACAAAGCCGAGGGGUGUCAAUGACUGGAAUGUAUUUUUUAGUUACCUAACAUACCUCAAAGCUAACGCUAGAGAGUGUAAAUUUAGAACUUGUGUAGCAAUAUUGAUCAAUUCCUAUCAUUAUCUGCUACAAUACAACAAGGCACAUGGAUUUAACAGUGACAAUAGUCUAAUAUUGGAAUGGAAUGUAGGAGAAAUAAGGAAUCCAGGUAUUAAAUCACUUAAUUGCGAUGAGGUUGAAUAUCUAAAUCCUUUUUCAAUACUCAAGCUACUGGAAAAUCUAUCGGGAAUUAGGCUCUUUGAUCGUAUCUACAGAGGCCGUCCAAAGGUCUCAAAAGAUAGAAGUAGUGAAUCUAUUGAUGCUGGAAAACGAGAAAAUUAUGAUCCUUUGGACAACUCCAAGUAUUCCAAGCUGUUUCAGGAUAUAAUUGAUGACAUUCCUGAGAACUCAUUCACGAUCGAUCCUUCAGACAAAACAAAAAAUAAAGGAAGGCUACGAUACCGAACUACUUCCCUCAUAUCCCAUCCUUCUAUAUUAUCUUUACCAUUUUAUUUUGAGGUUUAUAACUUUGAAAAAUCCCUUCCUAACUCUGGUUAUAUUUUAGCCUCGAGCAAUGGGUUUUUCGUCGUGGAGCAUGUCAUGGCUCAAUUUCUUUACCAAGUUUUGGUGUUUCUAAAAACAUCCAAAAUCUCGCCAUCGGUGUUGUGUGUACUAUCUACACGUCUUGCAGUCAUAGUCUAUGGACCAAAGUUGCGCAAAAAUGAUAAUAUUGUUGUUACCAGUAAGAUCGAUGAAUCAUUCAAAAAUAUAAUGGAAUACGUUACAAAAACUGUAAUAUCAAGUGAUAAAGAUGUGAGUUUUAGGUCCCUUGUCUAUCUCGUCAAUACUGGAUUACACAAUCCUAGGGUAUUGGAUUACGUAUCAUCACGUAUAAUGAAGGCUGACGAUCCUAUAGAUCUACAUUAUAUAGGGAAACUCACUUUUGUAUUUACUAGGGUCCACUAUGAUAACGAUAAACUCUACGAAAGGCUUGCACAAAUGAUAAACAAUCAUAGGGAGUAUUUCACUCCUACUGUUACUGCAAACCUAAUAUUCAGUUUUUUCAGGAUUUCAAAACUAGACCUAGUGAAAGACAAACUCUUUAAUAACCUCUAUAAUUAUCAAAGUGAAGAAUAUUACGGAUGUAAAAAAAGUCUUAAAAAAUCCCUUUUAUCAUGGUUAGAAUCCAAUAAUCAUACGGAUCUCCUAAAUACAGUAAAUGCAGCAGUAAAUUUAUAA